AUGCAGGGUCUUGCGGAUGGUCCCGUCAAGACUCACCUGUUCCGACUUGAACUAGAUUCACUAGAACAAGCCAUUUUUAUUGCGGAACAGGAAGAAUUCAGUCUGAGACAGGCUCGCGCCAGCUUGACAUCAUAUCGUCAACCGAAACGAUAUGACAACGGAGGUCCAGAGCCAAUGGAACUCUGUUAUGUAGAGAGCGAGAAGGCUCACUCUACAGGCUACAAGAAGUUGCAGAAAUGCAACAGAGGUCAGAAGACAGGACACUACGCUUAUGAGUGUAGCUCCCCUCGUCCAGUGUCUCGCAACACUGGGCGUCGUGACCGUCCACCCAUGAGAAAGGGGCAGGGACGCGGGUCCGCUGUUGGUGCAGAGACGCAUCAACGGGAUGGACCGUCAAAAAACGGACAGGAUCAGUAG